AAGUUUUUUUGUAUGAAAAAAAUGGGGAGAGGAGUGGUUGUGAUGGAUUUCCUUUUGCCUGGAUUGUUAGCAUGGCUCUGUGUUACAGUGGCCAAAGCCCAGCUCAAGGGUCAAGAUGCUGUUUUUGGUAAAGAGGAAGGUUAUGAUGCUUUUGAGCCAAAUAUGGGUAGUCCUGUAUUCCGGGAGACCCCACCAGAUGGAUAUGAUGGUUAUUCUGCUGGAGAGGUGAGAGGGGUACUAAAUGGGGAAGAGCAGGACUUGAUGGAAAUGAGCUCUGAUGCUGAGGGGGAAGACCUGGAUAAGGACUCGAGUGCUGAUGUGCAGAGAGAUGUGGCAGCAGUGACAACUGGUCCCUCUGAAGCAGAUCCUCCUUCAUCUGACCCUGAGUCUCAGGGUGACCCUGAGCAGCAGCAAUCCCGCAGCCGCCCCCUGCUGUCCUGUGGCAAGAGCAGCAUGAUGCUCAAGUUCUCUGUCAGGAGGUUCAGCCGAGUCUACCUGCUGAAGGGCAAAAUGGCUCCUCUCUUGGUCACCAGUCUCCCAAAGCACUGUGGGCACAAGGUGUGGACCACCAGGAGCUGGCUGGUGCUGGUGGCUUCCUACAAAGGGUGUUACAUCAGGACCUGGCUGCCUCUGCCCAAGCACCACCGCCGCUUCCACAUCCAGACCUUCCAGUUCCUGGACAGCACCUCCUACUCCUACAUCAAUGAGGAGAUCUACUUCAUGUGCUCCACAGAGCUGUGCCUACCGUCUGAGCGGCAGUGUGUGGAGGGCUGCUUUGAUGGCCGCAAAAUCCCAGUGCUGGAGAACCCAGAUGCUGACAGGCGGUGUGUCAGGACUCCCUGCCCGGGAAAGGAUGAGGGCCCCAGGGACUGA